UGCCUUCUCGUGAAGAUUUCUAGACUACAUUUCUCAGGUGACCAGCCACCUUCCCCUUUCCACCCCCAUGAAAUGUUACAUGUACCCCUGGCAUUACUUUUGGUACACUGAGUUACCAUUAAUGGUUAAUGACUGUGUCACAUCCAGCACUCUGAGUUCCAAGGGGAGGGGCGCCUAACUUAUAGCCACAAAACUAUGUAAGCGGUUUAAAACAGAGAUCUUGUUGAUUAAAAAAAAAAAAUUGGAAAGGUUGAAUGGAUACAUGGCAAUUGGACACAUUACUGAGCAGCUAGUAAACCGUAAAAGUGUAAAUCUGAUACAGUUCGAAUACUCUGAUAAGCUGAAUGCUAUGCCUUUAAGGGACAUUAAUCGUAUACCGGACGUCGGGGUAGAUAACGGGUGUCAAAGUCAAACCUACAGGCAGUCCGCGCUCCAACGCAGGAAGGCGAACAGCAGCGCAGGGAUAGUUUUGCGCAUGCCCUGUAGGGGCGGAAAGAGCCGUCAGGUUGCGCCUGCGCUCUGGGUCGACUUUACUCCGCCUCCGCGGCCGCGGUACCGGUUCAGGGAAUCCUGGCGGAAUGGUGUUGCGGUGCCAGACCCGGCCCUGCUCAGCCGGAUCCCUGCCGAAACCACCUUGGUCGAAUCUUACGUCCAGGGCCGCAACCGCCACCACCAAUGUGGCCCCGCCGGGCUUCGGAGGCUUUGCUUGGGCUACCUUAACGAAGGUCAAGUUCUCUCGCGAACUCUUGGUCACCGAGGUGCCGGCGUUGAAGUGUUGUAUUUUGCAAAAAGUGCUGAAAUUGCAGGAAUUCGCUCUGAGACUAUUUCUGUGCCACAAGAAAUAAAAGCAUUGCAGCUGUGGAAUGAGAUAGAAGCACGACAUCCUGGGUAG